UCACUGUGCGCCGCAGCGCUUCCUCUGCGUUGGGGAGAAGCUAAGCUAGGUUAGCUUAGCCGGUGUUGUUUGUAUCAGAGAGAGACAGAGUUAUUGACCCUGAUAAAGGUAAUAAAGCGGAUUAAUCAUGCCGAAGGUGGUGUCCCGCAGCGUGGUGUGUUCAGACACAAGGGACAGAGAGGAGUAUGAUGACGGAGAGAAGCCUCUGCACGUGUAUUACUGCCUGUGCGGACAGAUGGUGCUGGUUCUGGACUGCCAGCUGGAGAAAUUGCCCAUGAGGCCGAGGGACAAGGCGCGAGUGAUUGAUGCAGCAAAACAUGCCCACAAAUUCUGUAACGUGGAGGAGGACGAGAGCGUGUAUCUGAAAAGGGCGGAGGGGAUUGAGCGGCAGUACCGUAAGAAGUGUGGAAAGUGUCGUCUCCUAUUGUUCUACCAACACCAAAUGAAGAACACUCCUGUAACAUUCAUAGUGGAUGGGGCUGUGGUGAAGUUUGGAGAAGGUUUUGGAAAUACAAGCGUUUACAGCCAGAAACAAGAAGCACCGAAGAAAGUUAGGGUGAUGAUGACUAAACGCACAAAAGACAUGGGCAAGUUCAGCUCAGUUACCGUCUCUACCAUCGAUGAGGAAGAAGAGGAGAUUGAAGCAAGAGAAGUGGCUGACUCUUACGCUCAGAAUGCCAAAGUCAUCGAGAAGCAGCUGGAGAGGAAAGGCAUGAGCAAGAAACGGCUGCAGGAACUGGCUGAACUAGAAGCUAAGAAGGCCAAGAUGAAGGGAACACUGAUUGAUAACCAGUUCAAAUAGUGUGAGUGAGUGUGCGAGCGGGUGAGUGAGUGAGUGAGUGCGUGUGAAAGAAUGUGAGUUUAAAAAAGCUAUUUGUACUCCAGCCCAUAUUUCCUUUAUUUGUAAAUAUAUGGUGCCUACUGUUUCUUUUUUAAUAAAAUAUUCACAGAUUAAAUGUUACCUUUUUUCUUAUUUCUGGGUAAUUUGUCACACACCUCAGUUUAUAUCAAAAUACAAGAUGAAGGGAACAUUGAUUGAUAACCAGUUUAGAUAGAGUGAGUGUGCCGGUGCAAGUUAGAGUGAAAGAAUGUGAGAAAGCUAUUUGUACUCAAGCCCAUAUUUCCUUUUUUUUUGUAUAUAUAUGGUGCAUACUGUUUCUUAUUAAUAAAAUGUUCACCGAAUAAAUUGUA